AUGGAGGAUCCCUCCGACUGGCAUCCCUCGUAUCCGCAGACCCAGCGUCCUUUAUCCAUGCCCGUCGAAUACGACCCUGAGGCCGCGUCGGGCAGUGAAGCGCGCAUCUUUGGUCAGCGUCAUCACAAGCCCCAGACUUCCGUCUCGCGCCCUUCAACACGCUCAAUAUCCUCGUCGUCGACCAGCGUACCCAUACCCAUUCCAUCGAAUCCAAAUGUCAUUCCCGGCAAUCUACUCCCGUCAGCGCCUGCAUCUCCGCCGACCCCGGCCCCGUCGCCAACGCCUGGCCGUCGUCUUCCCAGCUGGACCUCUUCAACAGCACCAUCUCUCGAUUUGCACAUGGCCGAGGAUGGCGAUCUGGACGACCUCGGCAGCGAAGCUACUUUCACCCUGGACAAAGGCUUGAGGUUCAGGCAUAUGAAGACCAUGUUUUCCGACAUGGACAACGACGAACGCAAACGCAUCUUGACGGAGCUAUUGGCCAACUGCGACGGGAAGCUACUGGGCUAUGUUGCCAAUUUCGUUGCACCACGAUUAAAGAGAGAUCCAUUUGGCGUAUUACCUAAUGAGCUCUGCCUGAGGGUACGAAGCAUGUCUUGUUUGGAGUUGGUCUGGUUCUAA